CGUUUGAUUUCCGUUUCCACUUCCGUUUACGUUUUGCUCAACCACACACACUUACCACAAACGCGUUUCUUCCCUGAAUUAGCUCUGAACGGACUGAAGUUUACACACAGUGUGUCCCAUUAGUACUUUGUGUCAAGAAACAGUCCUCUUUGGUGCACGUUCACGCUUCUUGGGACAUAUUUUACCGUAGCUUGUUCGCUGCGAACAACUUAUCAACACAUCUCUCAGAAGACAUCAAAAGUGCGUGCAAAGUGUUGUAAUUAUCCUGUGAAAUGUGUGCAAAAAAUGUGAAAGAAAAUUACGAGGAGCUUUCUCGAGCCGAAGAAGAGAACCAGCGACAAACACAACUAUUGGACGCUGAAUUCAAGAAGCCGCAAGUCUUGCUGAAUUAUGCAGAUGCUAGUGAAGAAGGUCUUGAUGCUGAGCAGCAGAAGUGGGGUUCCAGGAUGGAGCGGGAGGAGCUUGAGCCUCCUCACACAAAAGAGGAAGAGCAGCUAGAGUUCCCCCACAUUAAGGAAGAAGGGGAGCCAUUGCCUCUCAUCAUUAAAGAGGAAGAGGAGGAGGAAGAUAUCAACAACUUUCCAUUGACAGUCAUUGUGAAGAGUGAAGAUGAUGACAAAGAAAGUGAUAGAGACCACUGUGGAGGAUCACAAGCAGACAGGCUUUUAGCGGCACUGCCUAACAGUGAUGAUGAGCAUUCUGAAGGUGAUGACACACAAUGGAAGUGCUCGCAGUGUGGGAAAACAUUUGGUUCAAAGUGGGGUUUGAAAGUACACAUGAGAAUACACACUGGAGAGAAACCCUUUUCCUGCUCACUCUGUGGUAAAAUAUUCACUCAGAAGGCACAUUUAAUAGCACACACAAGAACACACACUGGGGAAAAAGCCUUUGUCUGCUCAGUUUGCUCUUUAAGUUUCAGUGAACGUUCAAAUUUGGGCAAGCACAUGAGAACACACACUGGAGAGAAACCUUUUGCCUGUUUAUUUUGCGGUAAAAGAUUUUCUAUAAAGGGACAUUUAAGAACACACACAAGAACACACACUGGGGAGAAACCAUUUGACUGUUCAGUUUGUGGUAAACAAUUUGCCCGUAAGGCACAUUUAAACAUACACGCAAGAAGACACACCGGUGAGAAACCAUUUGCCUGCUCAGUUUGCGAGAAACGAUUCGCUCGUAAGGCUCAUUUAAACAUACACACAAGAACACACACUGGAGAAAAACCUUUUUCUUGCUCACUCUGCACCUUAAGUUUCAGUGAACGUUCAAAUUUGGUUAAACACAUGAGAACACAUACUGGUGAGAAACCAUAUAGUUGCAGUGUGUGUGAUAAAAGCUUUUCUCAAAAGUAUCUGGUUACGAAACAUAAGUGUGCUGGUGAAAAGAUCAGUGGUAAAUGAAGCUGCUGGACUUAAAAUACAUUGUGAACUUGGAACGUUCAGAUUUUCUUGGUUGUAAAAUUGUUUUUGUGUCCGUGAAUUAAAAGCCAAAUAGUCAAAUAGUACCGACCCAUACCCAGUAUUGGUUCACUUGAUGGGUGUUAUAUGAAUCUGUGAACAUUCAAAUAUUUGUUUUUUGACUGCUGCCCACAUUGUAAAAAUGCCCGUUUUCAUUAUGAUUUUGUUUAGCGCAGUCUGUAUAAUACACAAUUAUAUACUGUUGCAAGAAUUAUAUCAAAUUUAAUAUAGUUGUCAAUUAUCAAGAAUGUUAUUCAAUAUGAAUCGCAUUGGUUUCAUAUGAAAAUGGGAAAAAUUAUUACAUCUCUGUUGUGAAAUGGUGAAAUAAAAUUUUGGAAGG